AUGUCUGGGGCGGAAGUGAUCGGUGGUAUCUCCGGAGUCAUUGCGAUCAUCGAGGCCUCGAUCAAGGCCUACGGUAGCGCCCGGAAAGACUUGAAGCUAGGCGACGCCUUUGAAGCUGUCGGACGUCGAUUACCCAUCAUUCUCGAUACUCUCGAGACAUGCAAGAAUCAUUUGGCACCGACGGAAGACUCGAUGCCUACAGAUGUCUGCGAAGCCUUGGAGAAGAUUCUUGAUACGUUUGAUGUGAAAGCUGGAAGAUUGCGAGAGAUAUUUGAAAAAGUCAUCCCUGGUCAAGAUGAUGGAUGGAAGAAACAAUAUCUGAAGAUCCUCAAGAGACUUGGAAAAGGGAACAAGGUCGAAAAGUUGAUGAAAUCCAUUACUGAAGACGUCUAA